CCCCCCACCCUGACAGGACCUGACCUCCCCCCCCCACCUGCCCUACCUCAGUUUCCCCCUUGUGCACAGCCUUGUGCAUCCUCGUGCAGAACUGGUGCCUGCACGUGUGCAAGGGGCUGCACAUGCAGUGCAGGUGUGGGGGUGCACACACGGGCACAGGGGUGCAAGUGCAUGCAGUGGGGUGCAGGCAUUGUGCAAAGCGGUUGCACACACUUGUGUGAGGGGGUGCAAAUGCAGGGCUGCAGGCGUAGAUGCAAGGGCAUGCAUGGGGUUGCACGUGGGUGCUGGUGCAUGCUCAGGGUGUACAUAGGUGCAGAAGAUGCACACCGGUGCAGGGAUGUAGGUGCAAGCAACAUAGGGUGCAUGGAUUGUGCACGGGGGGUUGCACACGUAGGGCUGCAGACAUGGGUGCAGGGGCAUGCAAGGGGUUGCACUUGGGUGCUGGUGCAUGUGCAUUGGUGCACAUGGGUGCAGAGGUGCAUGCACGGGGUGUACACAGGUGCAGGAGUUGCACGUAGGUGCAGGAGUUGCACGUAGGUGCAGGAGUUGUAUGCAGGUGCAGGGGGUGCAUACACAGAGGUGCACGUGGGUGCAGCAGUGGAGGUGCAUGCAGUGAGGUGCGCGCCGGUCCAGGGGUUGUGCACAGGGAGUUGCACGCUGGUGCAAGUGGGUGCAGAUGUGGGUGCAGGUGCAGAUGUGGGGCGCUAGUGCAUGCACGUUGCUGCAAAUGGGGGCACACGUGGGUGCAAGGGUGUGCAGGUGCACACGCAGUGUGCACACAGGUGCUGGAGAUGCACACAAGUGCAGAGGUGCAUGCAGGGGGUGUAUGCAGGUGCACACGUGUGCAGGGUUAUGGAGACGUGUGAGGCUGCACACGGGUGUGAGCGGUGCUGGUGCGCACACUGGGGUGCCCAGGCAUGCACAGGGGUGUGCAGAGGUGCAGGGUGCACGCGCGUGCGAGAGGGUGCAGGCGCAAAAUGAUGGGGUGCACGGUGGCGCAAGGUUGCAGAUGCAUGCAGGGGGGUGAAGGUGCAAGCGACGGGGUGCACAUCAGUGCAUGGACAUGCAGGAGGGUGCAGGCGCAAAGUGGCAGGGUGCACGUGGGCCCGAGGGUGCAGGUGCAUGCAAGGAGCGCGGGGGGUGCAGGUGCCUGCAGGGCUGUGCAGGCGCACGUAAGGGGGUGCGCACCCACCCUCCCCCCUCCCCAGGCCAUGGCCUGCCUGCACGAGACGCGGACGCCCUCCCCGUCGCUGGCGGUGGCCUCGGAGGGGACCCCGGAGCAGGAGCUGACCCCGACGCAGUGCGCCCUGAGAGAAGGACCCCCCCCCAUCCCCGCCGCCCCCGAGGCCUGGCCCCGCCGGGGCCCCCCCCGUGCAGCUGAACCCGGCGCUGUGGGGCCGCUGGCGGCAGAGGGGGCCCACCUGCGGUGCCAGGCGGCGGGGGGCUUCCUGGAGGGGCUCUUCGGGUGCCUCAAACCCGUCUGGAGCAUGAUCGGGAAGGCCUACACCGCCGAGCACAAGCACCCGCCCGAGGACCCCUGGGAAGUGCCCUUCGAGGAGAUCCUGGACCUGCAGUGGGUGGGCAGCGGAGCGCAGGGCGCCGUCUUCCUGGGCCGCUUCCACGGCGAGGAGGUGGCGGUGAAGAAGGUGCGGGACCUGAAGGAGACCGACAUCAAGCACCUGCGCAAGCUGAAGCACCCCAACAUCAUCACCUUCAAGGGUGUGUGCACCCAGGCUCCCUGCUACUGCAUCAUCAUGGAGUUCUGCGCCCAGGGCCAGCUCUACGAGGUGCUGCGCGCCGGGCGCAAGGUCACCCCCUCGCUCCUGGUCGAUUGGUCCAUGGGCAUCGCCGGCGGCAUGAACUACCUGCACCUCCACAAGAUCAUCCACCGCGACCUCAAGUCGCCCAACAUGCUCAUCACCUACGACGACGUGGUGAAGAUCUCGGACUUCGGCACCUCCAAGGAGCUCAUUGACAAGAGCACCAAGAUGUCCUUCGCCGGCACGGUGGCCUGGAUGGCGCCCGAGGUCAUCCGCAACGAGCCCGUCUCUGAGAAGGUCGACAUCUGGUNCUUCGGGGUGGUGCUGUGGGAGCUGCUGACGGGAGAGAUCCCCUACAAGGACGUGGACUCCUCGGCCAUCAUCUGGGGGGUGGGCAGCAACAGCCUCCACCUGCCCGUCCCCUCCGGCUGCCCCGACGGCUUCAAGGUGCUGCUGCGGCAGUGCUGGAACAGCAAGCCCCGGAACCGGCCGUCCUUCCGGCAGAUCCUGCUGCACCUCGACAUCGCCUCCGCCGACGUCCUCUCCACCCCACAGGAGACCUACUUCAAAUCCCAGGCAGAGUGGCGCGAGGAGGUGAAGCUGCACUUCGAGAAGAUCAAAUCGGAGGGGACGUGUCUGCACCGCCUCGAGGAGGAGCUCAUCAACCGGCGGCGCGAGGAGCUGCGGUCUCCAGCACCCCCCGGAGCCCUCAGCACGGAAAGAGACGGGUCCGAACCGCGCCACCCGCACUGCUGA